UUGAAAGGGGUUUUCUACUUUCAAGAACCAAACCCUCCAAAAACCCCUCCUUUCAAAACACAGAACUCAGUAAUCCCUCUGAAAGAAAAAGGGAAAGAGAGCGCCACAAUGUCAGGCUUCUCUUUCUCAUCCUCUUCUCAAUCAUCUUCCUCAUCUCCAUUCUCAUUCGGAUCCUCAACUUCUCCGUUUGGAUCCACAACCACUGGUUCCGGAUUAUCUUUCGGAUCUUCCCCUUUCGCUUCUGCAAACCCUAGCUCAUCUUCCUCUUCUUCCUCCACCCCAUUGUCUUUUUCCCUCAACACUUCGUCAAACUCUAACCCUAGCUCAGCUUCUUCCGUUUCUCCAUUCGGUUUCGGAUUCUCUACCUCUUCAUCCUCCUCCGCUUCCUCCAACCCUUCCUUCUCCUUCUCCUUCGGAUCAGCUCCCGCUGCCACUAGUUCCACUCCAUCUCUCUUUGUUUCUGCGUCUGGUUCCACCUCAUCGCCAUUUGCACAAGCUGCUUCCUCUGCAAGCUCGGGUUCAAACCUUUUUGGGGCUGUUUCAUCUGCGACUAGUUCUGCGUCUACCUUGUUUGGGACUGUUUCUUCAGCUCCAAGUUCUGCGUCGCCUCUGUUUGGUGCAGCGUCAGCGGCAUCAAGCACCGGCACGUCCUUGUUUGGGGGAAAUACGUCUUCACCAUUGUUUGCAACAAGCGCUUCUCCCCUGUUUGGAACAACUCCAUCAGUAGCAAGUUCUGCUCCCCCCCAGUUUGGCACAACUUCUUCUGCUGCAAGUUCUUCUUCGCCCUUGUUUGGAACAACUUCAUCUGCAGCGAGUUCUCCUUCACCCCUGUUUGGCACAAGUUCAUCUUUGUUCGGAACAACUUCGUCUGCGGCCAGUUCCGGGCCAUCUCCGUUUGGUACAUCCUCAUCUGCUGCGAGUUCAGGUUCAUUCCUGUUUGGGACGUCUUCAUCUGCUACAAGUUCUGGGCCGUCCCUGUUUGGGUCAUCAGGUGCUUCAAUUGGCACUACUACAUCUAACUUGUUUGCCUCGUCUACAACAGCUUCAACUCCUGCAUUUUCGUCUAAUUUGUUCUCUUCAACUUCCUCUUUGAAUUCAAGCUCUGCGUCGCCAUUCUCCACGGCUGCAACAGGAUUUUCCUUAUCGAAAAGCACUCCAAGUUUAACAUCUACGGUAGCUCCUCUGACACAAUCUUCAUCAGCAAGCACUUCGGGCUUCUCUGUUGGGACACCAUCUUCUGCAUCUUCAGUAAGCGCUUCUAGCUUUUCGUUUGGGACACCGUCUUCUGCAUCGUCCCAAUCUUCCUUUAGCUUUAGCAAUGCAGCUUCUUCAUCUGCCCCUGCUGUCUCCACCACCCUUCCUGCAAAACCAACAUCUCCAUCGCCGUUGUUUUCUACAGUCACAACCACAAAUGCUCUUACUCCAGCUGCUGGUACUGCAGUGGCUUCUUCUUCUGCCACAGCUUCUACGCUUACUUUACAUGCAUCUGGUGCAAGUGCUUCUUCUUCUGCUACUUCAGCUACCACAGCUGCUUCUUCUGGAACUACUAGUUCCUUUACUGGUUUUGGUGUGUCCACUGCACCUGCUUCCUCGGGGAGUACUAGUUCCUACACAGGAUUUUCCUUAUCAACCAAACCAUCAGUUCCUGCGUCAACAUCACAAGCUCAAUCAACUAUUGCUGCACCCUUAUUCAGUGUCUCUACUUCUACUUCUGCAGCUACAACAACUUCCAGUUCCAGUGCUACCACAUCUCAGAUGACACUUCCUCUUGCUGUGGCUUCCAGCAGUGGGACAACUUCAAGUGUGACCGCUGCUAUAUCUUCUACACCAAAAUUACCAUCUGAGAUUACAGGCAAGACUGUUGAGGAGAUCAUCAAAGAGUGGAAUGCAGAGCUGCAAGAGCGCACCGGGAAAUUUCGCAAGCAAGCUGCUGCAAUAGCUGAAUGGGAUAAGAGGAUCUUGCACAAUCGUGAUGUUCUUCUUAGGCUUGAGAUUGAGGUGGCAAAAGUUGUUGAGACACAAGCUAGCUUGGAACGGCAAUUGGAGUUAAUUGAGACCCAUCAACAGGAGUAAAGGAGGAGUCUUCUUCUCGUUUGGAGGAGAGGAGGAGAAUUAUUUCAUUGACGGAGAGAAAAGGUAAGGACGUUUAUGAAAAUUCAGAGACUGAUUUGUUAAUAAUAGCAAUACUUAAGGAUUAAAUAGUAAAUCUUCCAAAUUUAAUUUGCCUAUUAUCACUGCGAGCUUUCUUUUUUAAUUGCCACUAACUAGAAUGAGGAUCUGGCUAGUUGUGCUAUUAUGCUGUAAAAGAUUUUCUAUAGUUUCCCCAAGUGUAAUGGUCAGACCGUACGGAGGAUGCAAGUGCAUUGUUUUGCCACCAGCUAUUAUCCUCUUUAAUGGUUCAUCAACGUCUCUUUUGGUCAAUGCUGAUGAAAAUAUUCUUUUCAUGGCUCUCAUUUUAGAUUAUUGGCAUGGGGGAAGGGGCAUUUUGCAACAUAAAUCUGUCACUUCGUCCCUUGCUAAUGAUGACAUUUACUGUGUUUGCUUGAAAGUAAAUCCUUCCAAAGAGAUCCAUACUAGAGCAUUAUUUGCACAAACAGGACUUAGAAAAAAAAAAUAUAAGUGAAUAUUGUAGGAUUGCAAAUGAAUGGAUAUUUCUUUUGUUUCGGUAUCAGGUGGAAUUUAGAAUUAUAUUUUUUGCUGAAUGCGUAAAUUGAAACCUGCAAUUUAUGCCAAACUUUUGGUGGCACCUUAAACUUUUAUUUUGACCCAUCAAAAACCUCAAUUUUUUGUUUUAAUAACUAGCAAAAAGCCGUGUGGCAUUUUUAUACUCAGCAUUAUCCAUUUGACUUGUGACUAAAACACUUAUGUGGAAGCUAAUGGCAGUGGCACCCAUCUCCCCAUGGAGAGCACUUGAACAAGUAGAUCAAAGGGUAAAAGGAAAGAUGUUGUCAAUUAUAUUGUAGGAUAUACUGUGUAAUGGAGUUAGGAACGAGUUAAAUCAGAUUUGAAGUGAAAUUGUGGUGGAGAUUGUAUAAUUUGUAUUUGUAGAAAGAGGAAAUUUCAGAUUCAACAAUACAAUGAGGACAUGCUACUCAACAUAAAACAAAAAAAGAAAUGUUUGACAGGCAGCCCCAUGGAACUAAUUCUCGUGCUAGCCUAACAAGCUAGCCCCAGCCCAAUGCUGAAAUUGAAGAAAAUCACUACCUGCUUCCCUUCCUCUCGGUGAUGCUUAUUUUAUGUAAAGAAUGCUUCUUUUCCCUUGUGACUUGAGUCCCAAGAUUCUCUCUAAGGACUCCUUGUCUGCUAACCAAUUCCAGAAUUUUCUUUGACUGCUACUGUAGAGACUGCCCCUUUGUUUUCUUCCUCCAUUGGUGUCUGUAACAUACUCUCAAUAGCUUUGAGCCUCGAUCCACACCUCCUAGGCUUUUGUUAUUAUGUUUUAUUAUCAAAUAAAUAAUACAUAUAGCUGGUCUAUGUUGGUAAAUUCCAUGCCAAAGGCCUAAGCAACAGUUUCUCAAUGUAGAACAAUAGGUAAACUAAAACUAUUAGGUAAGCAACUAGUUUCCAAAAUUUAUGUUUAAGUGGCCUGGAUGACAACUGCAACACUAAUAGAAUCACUAUUUAAAUCAAAUAAUUUCUUUCAGUGUUGGGAAAAUAUGUGAGAGUAUGUUAGCAACAAUCCAAUGUAUAGGCUGUAUAGCAAACUCAAAAUCCAAUGUCAGCAAAAUAAAAAUGUGAGACAGUUAAAUCUACAUUCAACCUUAGGUAGCUCCCCCAAGGCAUCGUUUUACUUGUGAAAGCUGCAUUCCUUGCUCUUCGAAGUGAGAGGAUGUUAUGGACUAUUUUCUAGUAUUUGAUUUAUUUUAAGAUUAGAUUGCUAAGUACUUGAUUUAUUUUAGGAUUAGAUUGCUAAGUAUUUGAUUUAAUUUAGGAUUAGAUUGUUUUAUCUUUUAUUUGAGGAUUAGAUUGUUUUAUUUUAUCUUUUAAUUUUUUUUAUUCUUUAGGGCUGCUAUCUUAGUGAAUUGUGUUAAACAGUGACACUAUUUCCUAUAUAUAUUGCUGAAAAAUCAGAAAUGAAAUAAGCAGAUUUAUUUCAUCUAAAUUGAGAUUUGAACUCUUUCUCAUCGAGUUUAAAAGGUUAGAGCUCUCUUUAUUGAGCUCAUAACAACAACAAUUGGGCGGGGAAAGAAUCAAGGAAAACCAAUGGCUUCGGCUUUGUCUACUGUAAGUAGACUUGUGACGCAAUCCAUAACUUGAGACCUUAACAGAGGGAUUUUACGUGGAUUUGAAGGAGAAGAAAGGAGAAAAGGGGGGGGGGGGGAAUUGAUGAUAACAUUUUUUUCUGAAGAAACAAAGGUGAGAGAAAGGAAGGAGGGAAUCAUUGGGUGACCAAUGGCUUCGGCCUUGUCUACUGUAAGUAGACUUGUGACGCUAUCCAUAAUUCGGGACCUUAACAGAGGGAUUUUGCGUGGAUUUGAAGGAGAAGAAAAGAGGAAGGGGGGGGGGGGUGGAAUUGAUGAUAACAUUUUUUUUCUGAAGGAACAAAGGUGAGAGGAAUGAAGGAGGGGAAUCAUUGGGUGGCUAUGUUUCUUUGUGUACAAACUUCAAUGGAUACAAAAUAAAAGAUCUGAUGGGUCAAACUAAAAGUUCGGUAUGCUGCAGUGCUUUUGUUCCAAUUUAUGUAUUCAGCCCUUAUCCUUUUAGUUAAUCUUUUUUCCUUGUUCCCAUAUUCUGAAUUUCUUUUAAUCACUGAUAUGCAUCUAAAUAAGGGAGCGUUAGUCACAAAACCUUAUAUGAGCUUCUGUUAAGU